GGGAAGUUGGCUAAAAGAUGGUGGAAGCUGGCUACGAGAUGGAGUAAGUUGGAUAGUUAGUACCUACCAGCUCCCCAAACGAACAACCCGCAGCGGAGCGGCUGAGUGGGAAACUCGCCCCCAUUGUGCUAAUCUUAGUUGCAUAUACGACGCUCGACAGGCGCUGAACGCGGGUGAGCUAAUCUUGGUCUACGCGACUACGCGAGGGAGGCUGAAUAGCAAAUAUCCCCCCGGACAAAGGCCGAAGACGGGCGGGUGGUGGGUAGAUGAGCUAACCUUGGAUCCACGACGGCGGCGGCUUGGACGGAGGCUAGAGGGAUAAAGCUUUGUCAUGCAUGGCCUCGAAAUAGACUGGACAAUGGCUGGCUGAACACGGAUGAAGUGACUGUAGUAUCUGUAAGGGCCUGGCUGGCUGUAUGUACAGAUGAUGAGAGAUGGAAAUAGAAUACUCAGAUGAGCUAACUGCGUUAUUUGUAAGGGGCUCUAUGUACAGCUGGGGUAUGGAAAUAGAAUAUCCAGUGAGCUAAUCCUUCUUCUUCCUAAGGCGGCAUCUAGAGAGGCUAGAUAGACGGAUGCCGGACAUGGAUGGGCUAAUUUUUGGUCCGCGACGUAGAGAUGAUGGCGCCGGGAAAUAGCCUCCUUAUAGUCCGUAGACUACCCUUUUACGGGAGAGCUACUCUGAUCUACAGGAGACUACAUCUAUGAAGGCUGCAGAAAACCCUCGUACCCUCCUUGAAAAUGACUGAACGCAGAAGCGAGAUUAAUCUGAUAUCUCCAGGGCCGUAUACUAGAAAUACCAAAGUCCACAUGAUAUACCCCUCAACUCCAUAAAAUUCCAUCUACAGAUGCUGCAUAAACCCUUACCUACAUACCCUCCAAAUUUCCGAACGCAGAAGUAUUUAAUCCGAUACCCCCAGGGCCGGCUAUACCUAGGGACCGCCGUACGUAUAUGGGGAGGUUGGGGAUAUUCGCCUCCCCUAAACGCCGGACGCGGAAAGGCUCAUCUGAUAUAUGCGCAGCCGCAUAGACUGAUACUGCAUAAAGCCUUGAUACUUCCCCCGAGUUGGACUGGGAGGUGCUGAACACGGUGUCGCAGACACCUCUAUCUAUCGCCGGACUAUACCCAAAGACGGGUAAAGCAAUGUCCUACCCCUCUAUCGAUCCGCGAGCCGGCAUCGACGGGGCCUUGAUAUCGCCUCCCAGGAACGCUGAACGCAGCUGCGCUACUCCCAACUCACUCAAUCUAUCUUCACCUCAUCCCGACUCUAUACGGAACUACGCAGACGCCGGUGAGGGGAUAAUGGACGCCGCUGAUAUAGUUAUCCGAUCUGGCCGAUCCGCCAUCCGCCACUCAACCCACGGCACUAUCAACGGACACUACGUUCCCUCCAUCAUCACCGGCAGCCAACCCGAAGCGGGAGUCGUCCUCGCCCCCUCUCCCAUCAUCAGAUCACCGAUCUUAUCUCCCUCAUCUCCGGUGCCUAUCCCAAAUCGAGAAUCUCUUCCCUCCCCCCGCGAUCUCUUAUGUCUCCUCACCAUCGGCGAUCGAUCUAUCCAAGGUGAAUUUUCUGGAUGCCGCACAUCGGUAACUAUCCUCCUCUUUCCCGUAUCUCCCUGGAGCUACAGCGGAUAGUGGCGGGGUAUCAGGGGGAUAGUGGCAAUUACUCAUGCAACCGCGUAAGGUAAGGGGUGGUUCUAUUUUUAUGAAGGGGAGAGACAGAUGACGACGCGGUGGAGGGG